CGCGCUUUUGUGUGGCCUGAACUGGCCGGGUCGCAAAUCGUUUAUAAGAAGCGACGAUCCUCAUCAAAGGGUCCUUUGAGAAUUUUCUUCGCCUUCCUCUUUCCAACGUCAAGAUCAUACCUGCUCCGACAGAAUUCCUCGCUCCUCUAAUUCUCAUCGCUCAUCGCUCCUUCAUCCCUCAUCACUGUUUCACCCUUCAUCUCCACUGCUUCGCCAAGAUUCUCGACCAUGAAUUACUGUGAUGUCCCCGGCUGCUACAGCGGACAAUCCAUACCCAAGGAUGUCAGGAAGCACAACGCUACGGUUAUCCAUCAACGUCGAGAGGCACGCCACGCCGACGAGAACGACGUCAUAUCCCUGAUCGAGAGCGAGCGAGAGGCUUGGGCCGCCAGCGACCCUAAACGUCACGAUAUCUUCCUUGCGUUUCAAAAAAGGCAUGGUCCCGUCUGGAAUAUAGACAUGGACGGAUUCAUCAAAGCUCACUACCAGCGGGACGUGAACGGCACAGAGGCUUACAACUCGGAAUCACCUUAUAUCACCCUUCUGAAACCCGCUUCUUAUCCCCCGAAUCCUUGGGCUAUCGCUAUCGAUGCCAAACAACAGUCAACCCACUCGCUUCGAUCCCAGGUCGAAGCCGGUGAUCACGCCAUCAAAUCGCUCUUUGUCGACGAUCUAAAGAUGGAUAUCAAACAAGUCGCCGCUCAUGCUCAUACCAAGAAGAAGAACUGCUUGCAGCCACUCCUUGCCAUCACGCUUGCUCGCUACGUCGACUGCAGCGAUAUCGGCGACUUCUACGACGAAUGGUUGCAAGCCAGCAAAGUCUUUGCUUUCGACGGUGCCGCUAGAGGCGGUUCCAGCCAAGUCAAGGAGCGGCAAUGGCGUACUCUCGACGACUGGGUAAGCUUCGAUCAAGCUGUUAUGGAAUUACGACUCGGGAGAUUAUUCACCAGUCUCAUGGGCGACCGACUUGGCAAAUUCGAAUAUUGGCCUGGCGUAGACGAGCAGGCGAAGGGUGUAGGUCUAUAUGGAUUACGGACCAAUCUACACAAGAACCUCAGAACCUAUGAAAGCGAGUGGAAAGCUGUUCGCAGUCAAGGACAAGUCACCGAUGUCGCGCUCAAAAAAGUCAGGUCAUCCCACUACGCACAAGACGACCUAGGUCUCGAUGAGGUCGCGGAACGCAUCGAGACCGACAGUGACGCCUUCAAGAUUUUCAAAGUCCAUCUCAAUCCGUUAGCCCAUGGAUACCGCGGUCAGAGCCGGGGUACUGUCAGCCGAAUGUGCUUGCUGCACUUCAUCAAUCUGGGUUCGGACAGGUCCAACCGGAGGUGGACCAAGGAAGAGCUCAAGGUACUUCGAACCGGCGCCAACGCCUGCCAAGUCACCGGAUCGGUCAUGCCGCUGGCUACAGCUGUCGCAAUCGGCGCGAUGGCUGGUCUCUCCGAACGUACCCCAUUUGCCAUUCAAAUGCGUUACAAGGUCAUGCGAGCUCAGGACGACUUGUAACGUGCUACUGGCAACUCGUUUGAAGCUUACUUAAUACCGACAACUUAUGCGAGAAUACGAAAUACAUACAAGAAAUAUAUGUCAGAAUCAGCUCCAUG